AUGUUCAUAUUUAUUAUAUUAAUAAUUGUUUCAUAUGUUCAAGGAGAAUGUUCGUUGGAUUGUGGCAAUGAUGGUGGUCGAUGUCUGGAAACAAAAAUAAAAGAUAUGCCUGAAAUUUGUGCUUGUCCGGAUGGAACAUAUACAAAUUCAUCAUGUAUUGAAAUAGAAGAGAAAAAUGAUAAUGAAACUGAAAUUACAUCGAUUAAUAUUCAUGCUCGUCGUUUACUUGCUGUUUGCGAACAUUCAUUUUGUGGUGAUGGUGGUGUUUGCAUUAUAAUUGAUUCGACGUUUGGAUGCAUUUGUUCAGAUGGUGGAAUCGCAGAUCGAUGUUAUUCAGAUAUAAACACAGGUCUUAUUACUUAUUGUACUCUUGGAUGUUUAAAUGAGGGUGUAUGUAAUCCUAUUUUGGGUGUAUGUACAUGUCCAAGUGGUUAUACAGGUGGACGUUGUGAAAUAGCACGAAGUACUGAUCUUUGUCGAGAUAUUUCAUGUCGUAAUGGUGGAGUUUGUAACAUUCUAACUCCAACUUAUGCAACUUGUUGGUGUUUAUUGGGUUUUCAUGGUGAUUAUUGCGAACGACAAACAGUUGCUCCGAGAUGUGUAUCAGCUAGAUGCUAUAAUGGUGGUACAUGCUAUGAACAUUCACCAGCAUCAACAAUAUUUGCUUAUUGUUUAUGCAAACCUGGUUUCACAGGAUCUCGAUGUGAAUUAGAAUAUUUUCGAUGUCCAACAAAUGGUUUUUAUGCUGAUGCCUAUGGUUGUGCUCAAGGAAAAUAUUUUGAAUGUGUCGAAAACACUAUUAUUAUAUCUCGCUCAUGUCCACGAGGUCUCCGUUUCAAUUUUUUCCUUGGUCGUUGUGAUUAUGCCACUAAUGUGGCUUGCCCUGCCAUAUAA